AUGGAGCGGAGGCAGCGGGGAUGCCGUGGAGCCCCUGCCUGGGGGUACCGCCGCCUGCUCCUCCUCCUCUGCGCCCCCCUGCUCUGCGCUUCUGGGGACACCAGCGUCGGCCCGGUAGGGACAGGGAGCGGCGAGCCGCCUGCCUGGGUGGGUGCCGUGAGGGAGACAAAUGGGAAGCUGCUGCCCGGAGGGCUCCUUCCUCUCCAUCCCCGGGCGUCGCCCCCGCUCCCAGCCCCCGGGCACGGCAACCUGGGGGAGGCGGCCUGCUGGGUCGCCCCCCGGCUGAAGGGGAGGGCAGGUGGAGGCGAAGUGGAGCUGGACCAGUUCGCCUUCCCAGGCUGGCAAGGCUGGCAGAGACAGGGAGGGGCUGCUGGGGUGCCCCCCUUCCUCGCUCUCCUCCUGGCACAGCGGCGUUGUCUCCAAUUAAAUGAAGGUGGACGCGGGUCGAGGGGCUCCUCCCGGCGCCUGGGGGGUGCUGUUGGCUGUUUUCCUUCCCUCAGAGGAAGGAGUGGGCAUCUCCAGGAAGGCUGCUGAUGGGGGGAGAUAUGUUUGGGUGCCGCUGCCUCGGAGGUCUGGCGUGGGGUCCUCAGGGGAAGGGGCCUGAGCUGCUCUCUUCCGCCUGCAGGGAAUAAGGGGCGGCGGCGGCGAUUGUGGGGGUCAGGGGCAAUGCCAUGAUGCCAUGGAGGACGGUGGCUAGGAUGCGCGAGGGAGGAAAAGGUGAAUCGGGGUGCCCUGGUCUAAUGGAAACGGGCACAUGAAACAUGUGAGCCAGCUUCUCCCGGGGCGGGGGGGACGACUCGAAAAUGUUCUUUCUUUUACGUCCCUAAUGGUGCGAUCAUGGGAAAGAUCUGCCAGUAUAUAGGAACGUGCAUACAUGUUAUUGAGCAGCAUGCACCGCUUUUGUGGCCAGCAGCGCAGGCACAGAGGGAGAAGUACGGCGCUGGCUUAAACGUUAAUGGUGCUGUUGAUUUUGGGUCUGUAAUUAUAUUCCUGUACCCUCUUCCUUUUGCUAGCUUUUUAUGGUAUUGUUUGGUACAUGUCUCAGUGUUAAUGCCUUCCAUCAAUAAUGGGAAUAAUAGAAAAACAUGGUGUGAAAAUGCAACCAGGCACAACUUUUAAGGACGAAGAUAUGCAUGGUUGAUAAUGCACAUUUUAGCGUUUAGGAUGAGGUUGGCCAGUUAAAUGAGGUGUGCAGUUUUGUUUGUCAAUAUAGCUGAGUGUUAUUACCUACUCGGUCUUGAAUAUACCGAUUUGGAAGGGUUAAAUUAAUGAGGUGGGUAGGAGAUAAGGACAGUCCAGUUAACUGCAACUGUAGAAUCUUCACAGAGCAGUGACAGGCUAGCAAACCUGUGCAUAAAACUUCUGAUACAUGGGAACUGCUGGUCUGUUUCUUAACAUUGACUGCUACUGACCAAUGGCUGCUGGUGAGAUGCCCCAAGGAUCUUGUAGCUGACAUUGCUCUAACAGCAGCAGCAGCAGCCCCUCACAUCACAUGCUAAACCACUAUUGACCCUGAGAUAGGACUGGGGAAGAAAUUUUUAUUGUUUGCAUUUAAGAGCAAAUCUGCCUAAUCCACGUUUUCUGCAGCAAUACAUGAACAACCAUUCUUCAAAAUAAGCACUUUCUCAGAUCUUGCAGUGCUGUCCUUCAGACAAGUACUAUGUACAGAAAUGCAUAUACUCUAGUAAAAUGUGCAUUCAGAUAUAUAUAUUCUUGAAAAUAAUAUACAAAAUGCAUUAGGGAAAUUUGUUUGGCAAAAAAGGUAUAUUUUAGGCAAUAUUACCCGGAAGCUGUAUGCCGGCUCCCUUGGUCAAUAAAGCAAGAUGAGCGCCGCAACCCCAGAGUCGGUCAUGACUGGACCUAAUGGUCAGGGGUUCCUUUACCUUUUUUACAUACAAGAGUGUAUACUGUAUAAGGAUAAAUUUGUACAAAAAGGCCAAAUUUUCAUGAACUUUAAAAAAUAAAUAAAUCUCAAGCUGCUGUGCGGAUAUGGAUAACUGAAUUUAAGACUGGAAGGAAGUGGAAUUGGCAGGUUUACACAUCCAUAGACUGAGGAAACUUUCUAAAGUAGUUUGGGAGAUGGGGUGGGGAUGUUGUAUCAUUAUGGGUGCAGCCAAGCAUUUGGGCAUGCCUCAAGUAGCUGAAAUAAGUUCCAUUAGUUCCAUCAUCCCUGGCCACUGGUCCUGCUAGCUAGGGAUAAUGGGUGUUGUAGUCCAACAUCUGGGGACCCAAGGCUGAGAAAGGCUGAUCUGUAGAGUUGGGUGUGUAUGUGUAGGUGAAUAUUCCUGUAAUGAAGGAGCUUGUGCUAAUUACAUUUAAUAUGCUACAGUUCUGUGGCCCCAAUUUGGAGAAAGUUACAUUUUGGCCAUUUGAAAUCAAUGGGACAAGUGGAUCACAUCACAGCUAAUGUUAAGUGAAACAAAUAGUGCAUUCUUAAAGAUGUUUCCUUAGAAGGAAUUCCAUUCAGUUCAAUAGGAUUUACUCCCAUGUAAGUGUGUGUAGGACUGUAGCCUAACAUUCUCUGGAUAGGAUUCUAUGAGCAGAGAAACUACCAUGGCAUAUGUGCACCCCCAGUGGUAGUGCUGCUGUGUGAUAGCUGUGGAUGCAUUCCUGCCCUUAAUUAUGCAUGGUUACGUUUCCUUUAAUUUAAUGAGUUCUGUACCUGAGUAACUGGAUGCAGGGUUGCAGUUGCAGAGAGAUCCUCCUUUACAGUGAAAUAAAUGCAUAUCUGCUCAGAAGUAAUUCCCAUCCAAGUUCAGUUGGAUGUGCCCCAAGGUAAGUGGGUAUAGGAUUGCAGUCUUAUACUGUAAUUCCAACCCCAUUUAACUAUGAGUAAACCCCAUUGAAUUAAAUGGGACUGACUUCUGAGUAGCCGUGGUUAGGAUUUAUAUAUUUAUUUAGAGCGUUUGUACCCUGCUCUUUAGCCAAAAAGGCUCCCAUACAAUGUGUGUGUGUGUGUGUGUGUAUAGUCCCUUCCUGAACACAAAAUCAAACUCAGGCCCCAAUUCUUAAACAGCUCUUCUUAUAAUGACCAGCUUCUGGUACAAUUCAGAGGUAGGAGGUGCCUGAUGGCAAACUGGUGGAAUGAGCCCUGCUUCCUAUCUUUCUCACAGAGGCAGUCUGAUGAAAUGGCUGCUUCAAGGUGAAAGUUGAGGGAGAGGAGGCCUGAUGGAGCUGGUCUGUCACAGCAGAGCUGAUGGAGUGAGCUGUGCUUUCCAUCUCCCACUGACAAGCAGAAGGGGACAGAUGGAUUACAACCUUAGUUGCAAACAUAGGCUAAUGGAGCCAAGUUUAAUUGACAGUGUGAAUGAUCAAUAGAUUAAUUACAUGCUAUGCAAUCAAUAAAUAUAUGUAAAACUAUGCUAUCUGGAUUUAUGAUAUGGAGCAGGGGAAGAGUAGAGGAGGGAAAUGAAAGCUAGAAACAUAGAUGUAAAGAAGCAUAAAAUGAAUUGAAACCAUAGAGUCAUUAACAGUAUUUACCCAAGCAUUUUUUAAACUAGAUAUGUCCUCCUGGGUGCCAUUUUUCAUGAAGUUUGAACCAUUACUGUAGUUCUCAAGCCAUUUGAACUAGGAGUAGCUACCAUUCUCAAGUUCAUUCAAAUGAUAGAAAAUAAUAUGACAUAAUUUGCUCGAGUUUUAUAGAAGCAUUUACGAGAAAUCUAUUUGAAUAUAGAAAUAUUUGAAUGAAUAGUUGGGUCUCGAGCCCUGAAUUAUAUUGUUAAUGGGCGAGGUUGUACACACUACCUGGCACAGGUUCAUAUUGGUUGUUGUUGUUGUUGUUUUGUAUUGUGGAGGCAGCAUAGCCGUGUAUGAAAAGUAUAGAGAAAAGCCAUCCUCAUAAGCAAUUCAUAAGCAAUAGAAAUGAGGAGCAAAUAUGCUACAGGUACCAUUAGGCAUGCAAUUUUCAAGUAAAUGUAUAGCUCCCCUCCUCCUUGGGUUUGACAGUUAGUCUACAGAUGCAUGAAGUCCUUGGUGCUUUACUUUAUAUUCACUUGCUAAGUACUGAAGUACUAAGUACUUUGUGGACUUCAGCAUCAGAUCAAUGAACACAAGGUGCAGCUGCUGUGUAGGGUGACAUUAACUAGCAUGGGGUGGUUCUAUCAUUAGGCUUGAAGCUGCUCUGUCUCCUUGCAGAGGAUGUAAUCCUAGGUUAGAAAUGAGUAGUUGCAAACUAGCUUUCUGGCAUUUUUGAGUAAGACCCAUUUGUAUACAGUAAAUCCUGCUAUUUCCAUAAAUGAUAUUUCUACUAGGUGCUUAUGUGAAUUGUUGAAACAGGCCUAAAAGGUAUAUAUAUAUUGCCAUUUUUAGGGCAAUUGCCUGUUUGCUUUAAGCCUUAAUUCAAAUCUCUGAAUAUUUAUUCUAAAGUUCAGUUUACAUUGCUAGACAUUUGUUGGUGGUUGGUAGUCCUUUGAAACUAAAAUAUUUCUCCCCUUACACAAACUCUUGAGUUUGUCUUGAGUGACAAUAGCAGAAAGAUUUCAUCCAACAGAAAUUACACCAUAGUUCUUCCCAAAAUCCAAACACGGAUGUGAACCAAAGUCAGUUUAGGUGAUAAUGAAUUUUUUUAUCUGCCCAGAUCCUUUUUGUGACAUGUUGAAACAGCAGUCAAUAUAUUCCAUCUGAAGGAAUUGUUUGCUGAUGCAGCAAGUGUUGAGAUUGGGCUGCUAGUCAUUUGAGGCAUGCAUUGUAGAACUCAUAGAAGCUUUCCUUCAGGUAUCAGUUUGUCUGCUCAUAAUUAAAAUAUAAUGCUAGAGAAUAUAAAUUAUUUAAAUCUCCAUGAAACUGAAAUUGUUGCAGAGCAGUUAUGGCUGUCCUGCUUCAAGCUACUGGUCAACUGAGGCAAUCCUUAUGGGGAAUACAAAAUGUUGGAAGGAGUGUUUAGCACAGCCCUCCUCAGGUGUAUGGAGCCAGCUAUGUGGUUCUUUGGAUCACAGCUAUUUUAAUCUAACCAUAAGAUUCAAUAUCAUGCAGUUUCUAACACUAACUGUAGAGUGAAGAGAUGAUCAUGUUAAAAUAUUCUGUUGGGUCAUUAGGAGUCCAUGUCUCAGCUUCUAUUUUAAAGGGGUAAAUAAAUACUGUAACUGUAACUUUCUCCAUAAUCACAGAAAUGUUGAGUUGUGUGGUUACUGCUCUCUCCUUUUCGGUUCAGUUAUUAAUUUCUGUUCUUAAUGUAUCUUGAGAAGCUUUAAACAUUGUCCUCUACUCUAUUGACUUGAUGUCUUCAUAAAAAUAAUUUUCAUCUUUAAGUUUGGUUUUCUUUGACUUUGAAGUAGCUUUGACUUUAGUACUUUUGAAGAAGCUACUAAAAGUGUUAUUAAAUACCUUUCCUCCACAGCAAGUUCUGUUUAAUGUUUCCAAAAUUAUGGGCAGCAUCUAACAAAAUAAGUUGCAUUAGCACAAGGAUUUGUGUUUGUGCAGUGGAGCUCCCCUUCCUCUCUUUCCCUCUCUUACACACCACAAAUCUUCUCCGGGGGGGGGGGGAUGACACAGAAUAGGUUUAGGGGUGUAGGGGGAGGAGAGGGUGGAGAAGUUCUGUUAUACAACCCGAAAUCCUUGCUCUAACAUAACUAAUUCAUUGGAUACCGUCCUGUGUUACUUUUUUUUUUUUUUUAGGGAAAUGUUUGUACAUAGCAUACGUGUGUGUAUGAAUAGCAUGAUCAAUUAGGCUGUAAUGUAUGCUAACGUCUAUCAUAGUUUGUCUAAUAUCAAUCUAAAUUGGAUACAUCAGUUUACCAGUUUUUGGCAGUUAACCAAAGACCUCCACUAAACACAUUCUUAUUAUGUAGUCCAUGUUCUUUCACCUUGCCAUAAUCUGUUAUAAUUUUGAUAUUGAAUUCCUGUCUGCUGUAUCAGUGACUGAUUAUUGAAAACAUUAGACAUUUGGGGGGGCAAUAAGUUAAAGAUAGAUCCAAGUAUGGGCAUAGCCAGGAUUUUUGUUGCGGGGGGACAGGCCUUUUGUUAGCAGCGGGGGGGGGGGGCAGAACCUCAGUUUGCUAUGUAUUUUUAUUGAAUUUUAUUGAUGGGGGGGCAGUUGCCCCUCCUUGCCCCCCUUGGCUGAUCUGCUUCACAUGCAACACUAAGCUAUGGCUUGUAUAGGAAACCAUGAGUUACUGUAGCUACCAGUUGUCCCACAGACAAUCAACAAACCAUGGCUUAUUUAUUUGAAGCUUGGUUUGUUUUCCAGCUACUUGAACCUGUGUAGCUUGAUGAGCUCUGAGGUUAGGCGGCCAAACAUCCCAUGGUUAAGGAAGGGUGCUAGUUUUCCACAUAAUAUCAAGUCAUAGUUAAAACAAAUCAAUAUUCAUAAGCCAACAACAAGCCAUGGCAUCAGAUUGUGAUUUGUUGGCUACAAACGCGCCAUAGUUGAGCCACUGGGCAAUGUUCACACAGAACACUAAAAAAUGACUUAAUAAUCCAUGUGAAUCAGGCCAGUGUUAGCUGGUUUACCCCUUUUCAUCUAUGCAACAGGAAAAGUUAGUUCUGUUCACUGCAUUCAGAUUCUUACAUAUUAAAUUAUUUAAUAUAGCCGACUAAGGAAUUAAAUAGUGUUUCAUAGCUGAAGCUAGAAAAAAUUGAAACAAAGUAAGAAACAUUUUUCCGAUGACAGCAAUAGGCUUUCUGACCACUGUCUUCCAGGGUGGUACAUAAAAUGCCAACUGUUUCAAUUUCGCAGAACAGAGAUGAGUUUUCUAGAAUAUUUGUUCCGCCUAUAGUUUUAAUGUGAAAAAUCCAGUGAACUGUUUCAGGCAGGCAUUAGGAUUCUCAGUCCCCUCCCCCCCUUCCGUUAACAUUUUGUUUGAGUACAUUUCCCUAUACAUUUCUGGCAGUAUCAUUUAUAUGAACUCAUGCACCUGAAUGUUUUAAGUUCUCUGUUUCCUGAAAAGUUAAUCAGAUUAAAAGUAUAUAGAAGAGGGGGAAAAUGCUUUGUGCAUAUUAAAAUACCUUGGUCCUAUAAUUUGGACCUCAAAACUCAUAAAUGGGUUUUUAUUAUUAAGUCCAAAAGAAAUAUUGUAACCCUGGGGGGGGGGGAGUUUCAGAUGCUUGGGUGAAAAUAUAGAAACACAGGUUUCUGCCUUAGCUCUGCCACUGCAGGAAUCAAAGUACUAAAUUGGUCAUUUUCCUAAGGUUCAGGGAACACUGUAAGAAAUGUUAACACACUGUGGGGUUUUGAAUGCCACUUUACUGAUUCUGAAGGGGAAGCUGUCAAUCCUGUAAAAAAACUCAUUUUAUCCCGUUUUAUAUGGCUAUUCUUUUUUAUAUAGUUUAUGGUCACCUGAAGACUGGAAAAAAACAAAACAUAUUCUCACCUUCAAGCUUUCUUUUGCAGUGUCUAAUCACCCUUAAUAUGCUGUUGUUGGCAUCUGUCUGUAUUGGUAGAUGGGGCGGAGUGCGCCUUUGGCGGUGAAAUCACUGUUAGAAAUUUACAGCGCCUGCUGUGGCUGUAGAGACCGAUACAGGAGAGACAUGUUUUGUUGCAGUUGGGGCAGAUGAAGGUAUCUGGUUAUGAUGCUGCAGAUGCACCAUGAUGUUUCUUCUCUGCACUCCUCCCAGUGAUCAUUCCUCCUCUGUUCACUGCGAUGGAUGCACGACCUGACUGCCUGUCUCCAGGCACUGCGGUUGUUGAUGCUGCCAGCCUUCAAAUCACGUUUGCAGACAUCUUUGUAACACAGAGUUGGUCUGCUAAUGGGUUUGGUGCCACCCAUAAUAGUCCUCUAACUUAAAUGUGUUAUAGUUUUGGAAAUUGUCUUCCUGCAGUCGUUCUGCUAGAGUUUGAGAAAGUAAUGAUGUGCCUAGUAUACAGAGGCAAUUUUUUAAACAUCCUAAGAAAGCUGAAAGACUUCUGAGACCUGUCUUAAGGUCAAAAGCGAGUGCAGGUAAAAUUAAUCUUUUGCAUUCUGAAAUAAUGGGCAUAAUUCUUAGUUCUCCAAAAUGUACAGCUACAGGAGAGUAACAAGGGGAGAGAAUAUGUGGGAUCCAUCUGUGUUGAAUGCCAACUGCCUUGAAGGCAAGGCCAGCUUGCAACACUGCCAUUUAUGCCUACCAUUACCUUUGUGGGUUGAUUUUCUGCCUGGGAGGGUGCAGCUAUACAAUUCCCUUGUCAUCACUAAGUGAUUUCAGCCUGCUUUCUCUUGUCUCCCUUGUCGCCUAGCUCUGCCCAAUAAUUGCUUUAAGUGCUUUUUAUUUUUGCUCUCUUGUUUGAUUAUCACACACACACACAAAAAGUGAAGAGAGAUGCUAAAAUUUUAAAGCUGAAAUUAAAAGGGAAACUUGUAGUGGUGGGGGAAGUAGCCCAGUAAAAUGGCACUUACCAGGAAAGUCAUGCCUUUUUAGUUGGUGCUAAAACACCAACAAUUGUUUUAAUAAUUAAAACAAACAAGCAAAAGUGCAUUUUAGUGCAAAUAAGACAGAUUUUUAAAAUCAUCAUCAUCAUCACACUCACAAAAAUGGCAUGCACCGGGUGUACCAAGAAUGGGGGACCUAUGGCCCUUUGGAUACUGCUAGACUACAACUCCCAUCACCCCUCACCACUGGCCAUGUUUGCUGAAACUGAGGGCAGUUGGAGUCCAACAAUAUUUUUUAUGGCUGCAGGUUCUCCAUCUCCUAGUAUAGAUGCAUGGGGAUAGCCUCACUUGCUCGAUAAAGCACAGCGCAUAUUACAGCUAAGGGCUGUAUCCGUACCACCCGACUUUUUCAGACCCAAGACAGGGACAUACGUCUUCUGAGAUGAUCUUCUGGGUGAGUCACAUGACCCAUGCCUUGCUCUCGCCACCCCCCAAAAGGCAAGGGCAAGGGUAUGGCACUCAAAAGGGUUGCUGCAAUCUUGCAUGAAAAAUGGGAUAUCCCAUUUUUUCUGGGGCACUUAGCAGGUUUAUGGUGCUGUGCGUGUGGGGUCCCACUAGCAUAAAGGGGCUUAACAUUUCCUUUCCUCCCCCCCCCCCCAUGCACCUCUCCAAAUCUGCUCUGCAGGGCCCCAGCCCCUUUGGAGGGUGUACAUGGGGGCUGGAAGGAACAGGACAGGAAGAAUAACUUCUGUUCCACAGGUAGAACUGCAGUGUUGUUCGAUACAAUCCCAAGUCAGGUUUUCUGCAGAAAAAAAGAUGGGGAAAUUCUACAAAAUGAUGAUAACAACUCAAUUUGGAACUCAAAACGAGUUCCAAAAACAUGAUAAUUUGGCUUGGUAAUUUGGUGAUUUGGUAAAAUGUUGGUGUGAAAGAAUUCUAAUACUUCUUGCUUUUAAUAAACACACCUUGAAAAAAAUAUGAAGGGUCCAGCUUCUUUCUCUGAGGAAUAAGGUUGCCUACCAUUGAUGUGUUUUUAUUUAUUUAUAUUUUAAUAACCACUUACACACAGUUCUCAAUGUGAUGUGAAAUAAAAGCACCUUAAAAACAAUUAAAAAUAAACACACAAAUAACAUAUAGCCCAAUACAGAAUAGACAGCCAUGGCAGAAACCCAUUCAUGUAGCUGGAACAAAAAUGGCCUCAAUUGUUUCCAGAAAGUGUAGCCAGGGGGCACUUGCUGUAUCUUGUCAAGAAUACUGUAACACAGAGCAGGGCUUUCAGUGUGGCUGCCCCUGUUCAGAAUUACUGUGGAGCAGGCCUCUGAUAGCUUUGGAACUUGCAGAAUAAUCCCUCUCACAGACCACAGUGACCUAAUAGGUGCAUAAAAGACAAAGAUGUAUUGGUUCCUCCUCUUGUAUGGUUAGAGGAAGCUUACCCAAGCCCUGAGAGAAGAAGGCAUGUUGAAAUUGUUGUUGAGCUGGAUUUGUGGUAAAUUGAGAUCAAUAUGUCAGAACUUUUUGGAUUGAAAAAUUGGGCUUUUGUGAUCAAAGAUAUCUAUGAUCUUAGUUUGGAGUGUUUAGCAAUUGAGAUCCUAGAUAAUUAGCAGAGACAAAUAAGAUAGGAUUUUAGUUUUGAAAGCAUACUCAAAGAACAAUCCUCCUUGAUUAGCAAUAUAGGAGAACACUGCCUUUCAAUGAUAUGUACAUGGAACCAACAGCUAGCCCUAAAAUUGAUGAUACCUUAUCUUGGAAGCCCCAAAAAUUAUUUGUGUAGCUAACUGGUGAACAGAUGUUGUGUCUGCCUAAUAGCCUUUGCUGUGGCUUAAUGACUCAGGAUUUUGUUUUUGUCAUUUUAAUACAUCUGGAAUCUAAAAACUGGCUGGCUGAUACCUCUGCCCACCCCCACCCCUUUAUAUAUUUUCAAGAAUGCAAAACGAGAACCAAAGGAAAAAGAAAAACCCAUAACAAUAAAGCACCUCUGCCUUGAAAAAAACAAGGGCAUUGUCAUGUGUGAAUCCUACCAGUAUGCAGAUAUGAUGCACAAGACCUCAAGUAUUUUCAGGUGCUUGAGGCACUUAUUGUAGUGCUGCAUGAAUUUUGUGUUUUGUCCAUUAAGACCAGAGCUUUUAGUGUGAUGAUACCUGCCCUUCAAAAUGUGCUUGCAAUGAACACCAGGCAGAGACCUACAAUAUAGCAUUUAGGUGCCUGCUUAACAGAUACCUGUUCUCCUAAGCUUUCCCUGAGAGGUGAUCCAUCUAUAUUGACAUACUAAUUGGUUUAUCCUAUAUUCUGCAGUGUAGGCGAUAAUGGAAAUGGUUACAAAUAAAUAGAUAUGUGGUCACCCUGGGCUGUCAUGUAGUAAAUCCUCUGAAAUGGAUGCAAGUCAGUGUUGUGACACCAUUGUGCAUUAAUUAAAAAAAAAAAACUGCCUUAUUAGACCUAAUGACAUAAAUUAAGACAACUUGUGUAUUUUUAUGUAUUAAGUUAACAGCAGAGCAGGAUUAUGCAGCUUUCAAAUUAAAGCAAAAUACAUUUCUAAAAUAUACUCAACAAUAUGCAAAUUAGGUGGGCUGGCUGUAUAGUUGAGGCAGAGGACACCAAAGCUUCUUUCUGCCUUACAGGAUGUAUUGGCUCAAAUCAAUGAAGUUUUGUUUUGCAGGCUUCGGGUGAGACAUUUGUUUUGGAUUUCAUCAAAUCGAACUGUCUUGAAAUAUUUUUCAUUGGUAACUGCAAAUAUAAAAUCAUUUUGCAAACGGCUCACAUGAUUAUGAUCAGUGCCUACCUACUGAAAAUUAGUGGCCAUGUAUCCAAUGGGUAUAAGUUUAAUGUAGAUUGUUAUGUACGGUAAUUUCUAUAUAUGUCUAACCUCAUUUAAUUUGGAUUUCUUCAACUCUUUGUCAUAUCAGUAUCUGCUGUUAUUUUUGUCCUGGACUGUUGUUCUGGGAUUGAGUUAUUUAGCAUUUUAAAUACAACAUAAAUACCUUAAUAUGUGUGUGUGUGUGUGUGUGUGUACACACACACACGCAUAUAUAUAUAUAUAUAUAUAUAUAUAUAUACAUACAGAGCCAUGCAAGUGAAAAUCCAUUGCACGAGUAGAUGGGCACAACUGGAUAUCUCUAUGAAUUUAUGAAAAAGAAAAUACAGGUAUAAUUGGAGAAAUGUUGCAGUAUAUAACAGCUUUGUGGGGAUAUUUGAUAUAGAAACAGUAUGGAAGAAAGACUUCAGUCCGAACCCUCUUUCCAAGUCAUAGUCCCAGGCAUUAUCUCUUCCCUGCAUCCCACCCUGUCCUCCUCCUGGUGUGGCUGCUUUUUGUUAAGAAAGAAAGGUCCUAAGCAUGCUAUUUUUAAAAAAUGUCACCAAUGCAACAUUUUUAGUCCUCAGAAUGUAGACUAUUUUGAGUAGAUGACUACUGUAGUCUGUUGAUGUCAAAACCUAAGACAUUACUGCUACGUUGAAAAUAUGUUGAAUUGGUUUAACUUGUGAGCUCUGCUCUAUACAUGACAGGUCUGUAAACAUCUUAUCAUCAGAAUUUGCAAACACUGUGUGCAUUAUGCUGGUAAAUCCUAUGUAGGUAGCAACAAAAGUUAAGGUUGCUUUAUGACUUACUUUCAACAGAGAACUUUUUCACUUUUUAAUCUAAUAUCAAAUUUUAAUCCUAGCUAUUUGCCUAAGAGUACAUAUUCUUUUUAGAAUUCUAUGGACUAAUGGUGAAUUCAUUCCCUUCCCCCAUUUUAUAUGCAAUAGAGGGAGAUAUUAAACAGGCACUGUCAAAUAUAGUUUGAACCAAAGCUUUGUUUCGAAACAGGACAGUCCUUUGCUUGAGGCUGCCUCCAGUCAGACUGGACAGCCGUGGUCGAGACUAGAGGAACAAAUAGUCUGAUCUGUUAUAAGGCAAUGUCUUAAUUUUCCUUUGUGAAUGUGUUUUUAAAGCCUCUCAAAUAUUGGUCAUAUUUAAAUGCAUUAAUUUCCUACAUUGUCUUGUCACACCCGAAUUUGAUUCUCAUUGGAACUCUAUAUAGUCUGCAGCACUUUGAUAACACAAAAACCAUGCGGACUACUAUCGUAAACAGGUUUAUACAUUUUGGGUAUGACAAAAAAAAAACAAGAGUGUGAAACAAAAAUGUGUGGGCAAUCUACCCUCUACCCUCAGAACCACCUGGCAUAUACUUUAAAAUAAGUACAUCAGCUGAAAUUGAGAUAUGUACACUAAUGACCUGUAUGCAGACAAAAGAGAUAAAUUUGCACACAAACUGUAAUUCAACCACCCCUGGGAGGUUAGCAAACUAGCACUGAUUAUGGCAAUCAGGCUUUGCUCAUGUUGUACUUUUAUUGUUAUCCUCAAAACAGCAUGUAUUCAGAUAUACCAAGCAGAAUGAAUGAGCUCAAAAUAUGCAGCAAACUGUUUCAGCUUUGGAUUUACAGUGGUACCUCGGGUUAAGUACUUAAUUUGUUCCGGAGGUCCGUUCUUAACCUGAAACUGUUCUCAACCUGAAGCACCACUUUAGCUAAUGGGGCCUCCUGCUGCUGCCAUGCCGCCGGAGCACAAUUUCUGUUCUCAUCCUGAAACAAAGUUCUUAACCUGAAGCACCACUUCUGGGUCAGCGGAGUCUGUAACCUGAAGCGUAUGUAGCCUGAAGCGUCUGUAACCCAAGGUACCACUGUACAUUAAAACUAAUAGAGUGUAACACUUUAAAAAUAACACAUCUAACCUGCUUAUAUAUACUGUCAAAUCAGACUAUGUUGUAAACGUGGUUUUGCUUUACCAUAUUUUUCAGAGCUGGUUAAAAACCUAUGGUUAUCUGCUCCCUUCUGACACCCGAAUGUCUGCUCUGCACUCAGGAAAAGUUAUGCAGUCUGCAGUCACCACUAUGCAGCAGUUUUAUGGCAUCCCUGUGACAGGAGUGUUGGACCCAAUGACUAUUGAGUAAGAGUUACUUCUGUAACGGUUUAAAGCAUUGUAUUCACCAAAAUCAUCAUUAAUUGCUGGAUGAAAUCCUGUAUAAUGUGGACCUGCAUAAAUUCACGUGGUGCUUAUGUAUUCUCUGGAACAGAACAUGUCUCUGACUCCUGGCUCAAAUGGCCAACCAAGCCCCAUUUCUUGCUAAAUAAAUUUAACUGGAAAUGAACUGAUCAACUAACAUAAUCCAUGUUAAAUCCAAAAUAAGUGUGUUCAUACAGGGAUUUGUGCUGGUUUAACUAAAUCGGUUUAACAACUGGAACUCUGUGCAUCACAGAGACAUGCAAAAACAACAUUGUGUGCAAUGUAUAAUAUAACCAUUAUUGGGUUUUGUCUAAAUCCCAUAUAUACAGAGGUAUCGCAGUUCUAUAUCUUAAACCAUUCUGUAUUCUGGAAGAUAUGCUAUUUCAAAAUGCGUCUCUGACAUAAUCUGAGCCUGAUCUUUACUGAUUUGCGUAGUGCCAAACUGCAUGAGAUGUUAUUAAUGAGCACACGAUUUUUCUUGCAGAAAUAACUAGCAGAGCAGGACGGUUGUGGGGAGUGAUGUUCCAUAUUGGAACCCUUGCAUGGAGCGGAGAGUUCUUUAGCCCUCUACUGUGCUGCAAUUGCAGUCUGGAACAGGGGAACCCCAUUCCUUCAAUUUAUGUGGGCAGAGGAGCAUUAACUACUUCUGAAAGAAAAAUCACACAUUAAGAGCAAAUAGUUUGGCUCUUAUGUACACAUAGUUAUAUGAAUGUCAACUUUCCUCCCUUCUUGCUUCCUACAGCUCAGAAUGUAGGUAAACUGAUUGGUAAAUGUAUUGGUAUUUUUACUUUUGUCUAAUCUAUAAUGGUGGGGAUGCGGGUGGCACUGUGGGUUAAACCACAGAGCCUAGGACUUGCCGAUCAGAAGGUCGGCGGUUUGAAUCCCCACGACGGGUUGAGCUCCCAUUGCUCGCUACCUGCUCCUGCCAACCUAGCAGUUUGAAAGCAUACCAGUGCAAGUAGAUAAAUAGGUACCGCUCCGGCGGGAAGGUAAACGGCGUUUCUGUGCGCUGCUCUGGUUCGCCAGAAGCGGCUUAGUCAUGCUGGCCACAUGACCCGGAAGCUGUACGCCGGCUCCCUCGGCCAAUAAAGCGAGAUGAGUGCCGCAACCCCAGAGUCGGUCACGACUGGACCUAAUGGUCAGGGGUCCCUUUACCUUUACUAAUCUAUAAUGGAUCAAAGUCAUUGUUAAAAUAUUGUUUUAAGCUCCUCCCCACUUCCCAGAGUGAUUUGGAAGUUCCAGAGACAGGUGUUUUUUUGGGGGUUUUUUGUUUUGCAGUUUUCCUGUGAAGAAAGAGAAUCCUGAAAAUGUGUGGUGCCUUGAAAGGAUAGGAGAAACUGCAUGCAUGAAUGUGGCACUAGUUCUUAAACAUCUUCAGUCUCCAAAAGCAACAGCAAGCCCUCAAGAUUGCUUCUUGCUACCCUGCUUCAAAAACUCUAAAAGCUCUUUUUCUGGCCCAGUUCAAGCUGCCCUUUUCUUUAUUCCAUUUCAGCGCCUGCCCUCUGGGCAGAACACCCUUAGGCAGGCAGGUGUAAUCUGCAUUCCUAGCUUAUCUCGGUUGCCCAUUAAUUUGCAUUCAUUAUUUGUAGCUGAACCACCAAACAGGACAGCCUAGCUCAUAACCAUGUCAUUUAGCAUAUUUCCCAGACUCACUAGGGAAUAUUUCGCUUUCUAGGUGGAUGAAGAAGCCUCGCUGUGGUGUUCCUGAUCACCCCACCUAAGCCAUAGACGAAGGAGCAAACGAUAUGCACUAACUGGACAAAAGUGGAGGCAGAAGCAUAUCACAUACAGGUGUGUAUAAUCCAGUAUUUUAAAGUUCAAUACAUAGAUAUUCAACUGACUUCUAUAGGGUGCGUGUGCGUGUUUGUAUGUUAUGUAGCAAUCAAUAUCCCUAGGUAAUUUUGUCUUAUUUAAUAGCCUGCUGCAUAUAAAUACCCAGGAUACACAUUUUCAGUAAGGAUAAGCAAUUGGAGGCACCUAGUCCAAAUCUCUUCCCUUCAGAGGUACUGCCUGCUCCCAAAUCACCCCAGAGGACAUGUGACAGGAGUGGCAAGUCAAACCACUGUCUCCCAGCUUCUGUUUCCUAUCUAUAAAAUGAAAAUACAGACAAUUACCGAAGCAUUAUAUUAUAUUGUAUUACAUUAGUAACCAUAGCAUAAGUCAUGGGUUUGAGCCCCACAUCAGGCAAAAGAUUCCUGCAUUGCAGGGGGUUGGACUGGAUGACCCUCGUGGGCCCUUCCAACUCUACCGUUCUGUGAUUCUAAGCAAUCACACAAAAAUGAUAUACAGUAACUCUUUAAAAAUAUGUGUUCAUACUUGUAAAAUUGUGCUGCCUCCACUGUCAGAGGCAGUAUGCUUCUGAAAGCUCGUUGUUGGAAGGGAGAGUGCUGUUGCACUCGGGUUCUGCUUAUAGGCUUCCCAGGGGCAUCUGGUUGGCCACUGUGAGAACAAGGCUGUGUCACUAGAUGGGCCACUGCCUGGUCCAAAAGGGCGUUUAUUAUGUCCUUAUGCAAAUAUAACACCACACAGGGUUUGAUUCUUUUAUAUGUGUUAUACAUAUUGUAUACAUAGGGAUGUGGGUGGCGAUGUGGUCUAAACCACGGAUCCUCUUGGGCUUGCCAAUCAGAAGGUCGGUUGUUCAAAUCCCCACGACAGUAUGAGCUCCUGUUGCUCUGUCCCAGCUCCUGCCAACCUAGCAGUUUGAAAGCAUACCAGUGCAAGUAGAUAAAUAGGUACCGCUGUGGCGGGAAGGUAAACGGCAUUUCUGUGCGGUCUGGCUUCCGUCAUGGUGUUCUGUGCACCAGAAGCAGUUUAGUCAUGCUGGCCACAUGAUCUGGAAAGCUGUCUGUGGACAAACACCAGCUCCCUUGGCCUGAAAGUGAGAUGAGCGCCGCACCCACAUAGUUGCCUUUGAUUGGACUUAACUGUCCAGGGGUCCUUUACCUUUACCCAUUUUUCAAAAAAAAAAAAAAAUUGCUUACAUUUUCUGGAUAUAAUUAGUUAGACUUCUUGUUAAAAAACAACACGAUUAAUGAGUGACUUGGACAUAAGCGGGCAUUCAAUGCAGCAGAUAGUCUGAUGCAGGCAAAUUUGACUGGGUCAGAACUGCCAAAUUCCAUGUAUAAAAUUAGCUUAAAAUGGAUUUCUCAUUCAUUGCUACCGCAAAGGAAUUUAUAAGUAAAAAAGACAACAGGGUCUUUUCUUUCUUUCUUUAAAGCCCUUUAAUCACUUAUUUUUGCUAUCUUUAAUCUGAUGUCUGACACACUUACUCCCUCUAAACUUAGCUGAAAAGGUGACUUUGUUAGUUAUUUUAUCUUAAUUUAUUCCAACCUUGCAAGAUGGAAGUGAUUGCAAAGUCUGCUUCAGGGAGAAUGCUACAUUUCAGUCUGCCUGAGUGAUGAAUUUAAAUAGAUAAUGGUAUUUUUAGCUUACUUUAUAAAAAAAAAGUAGGAGCCAAAAGUUCCAUGUUAAAAUUGGACUUAAAUUAGGCUCUCCAUUCCCCUGUAUUCUUUGCUUGGUUAUUGGUAGAAUGUCCAUGAAUGCAUUCCUUUGUGUGUGUUGCCCCUUUCAUUGAAGUAAAUGGGGAAAUCCCUUUGAAGUGUGACAGCUCCAUAUGCACCUUUACAGUUUGCCAAUUCCUUCCUGGACCUCCAAGCAUGCAGCAAUAUGGCUUCGCCACCCUUCUCUCAAGCUUGCUGUGGCACAAGCAGAGAGUGUUGUUUUCCUGUUUGUUACCCUGGAUUGGGAUAAAAGUGGACAAACUGAACACUGGCCAAGAGCCAAAGAGUCAUACAGAUUUUCUGCACUGGUGUUCUUAAAGCAACAGAUAGACAUUUGAGAUUCUUCAAGAUUUGGGAUUCUUUAAGAUACUUGGACACCUGAAAGACUUUGUACACACUUCUAGUAUGGACACAGCUAUCAAUCUGAUGAUAGCUGCUAUUGUAACAUAUCCUUCUUUUAGAAAAGAAAUAGAUUGCUCCACCUCUCUUGGGUUGUGUUCAGGUUUAGGAUCGUAGAGUGGUGGCCAGGAGCAAAAGAGGGCAGGGCCCCUGCACCUUUACACCUGCCGAAAUUUAGCCUUCUAUACAGUUAUCAAAAGUGCUGAACCCCGGCUUUCUUUUGCAUCUGGCCACCCUAAACUCAUCAUGUGACAAGAUAAGCCACUUAGGACAGAUCAGAGAAGGACAAGCACUAGACUACAGUUUCAUGCAAAAGUGCUUACAUACUGCUUGUAACGCGUUGGUGUUUCUGGAAAUAGAUGUCUAUUUUUGUUAUUUAUUUGUGCAUGCUUUAUGUUGUUUAUGGGAUGGCAUUAAAUGGCAUCAGCCCACAUGUGCAACUGGCUCCCACUCCAUGUGCAACACAAAUAGGACUUCCAUUUCAUUUCCUUCCCUGUACUUCUAGCAAAAAGCGUGCUAGAAUGUCCCUGUUUUUUGAGGAAUGUUGGAGGGUAUGUGUUUGUAAAGAAAUUGUCAUCUUGUAUGCAUUAACAUAGAGCGAUACAGGUUUUACAGAAACGUUUGUAUUCAAAACUAUUUGGAAUUUUUAAAUGCAAAUUAAGGUUAUUUGCAUAAGUCAAUUUGUAUUGGAACAUUUUCUGAUGCCCUAGAUUUGAACAUGAUCUAAUUUAGUACUAUUAUUAUUUUACUUGCAUUUAGUAAACCAGAGAUGACUAAGCUCUGACUCUCUGGAUCUUGCUCAACUAUAGGUCCCAAAACUAAAGAUAAUAGCAAUGAAAAUAAUUAAUUACAACACUGAGACUGCUAAACUUGCCUAAUACUGCAUUUACAGUGGGAAAAAUAAAGCUCUGGACCCCACAUCACCGUUUAUAUGGAGACAAUCUUUUCCUUUUAGUUGCCUUGAUAGUCAGCUGUUAAUUUAGUCCCCUAUUGAUAAUUCCUUGUAUAAUUUCAGGCUGCAGUAUUUCACAAUUUUAUCUGAAAAUUUGGUAGCUACUUUUUAACUAGAGACUGACAACUACUAAUGUAUAGCCAUGCUUCCCUCUAGUGGUUGAUGCUGGUGACUACAACCAAUUUUUAAGUGCUGGUAUUUUAAAGGUUUUCAGACUUUGCUUUGGUUUCUGUAUUUAUUCUGUUAGUUAGGAACUCUUGGACAUGCCAUGGAACAUUAAUUAUUGCUGAGGAUUCAAAGAUAUGGAGGUGUGACCAUGUCUGUUGUUGGCUCUGCCCUUUGUGAGCAGAGUGUGUUCCAGAGAUUACUUUUACUUAUUUCCAUGACCUCCUCUCACCUCCCAGCUUUGUAUUCUAGUUUAAAUCGUAUUUCCAGCAGAUCCUUCUAACCUUCUUUUCAUUUACUUAUUUUAACAUUCAAUAAUAUAAUUAAUCCUCCUCUAUCCCAUCAAUUUCUAUACUUCAUUUUUACUUAAUCCAUUAUAUCAUAUCUGCCAAAACGACCUAAUAUUCUUUUUCCAACCUCUUUCUAACAUUCUUUUAUGUUGCAAUAUUUUUGAAGAUAUGUUUUAAAUUUUUUCCAAUCUUCUUCCAUCGACCCUUCUCCCUGGUCUCGAAUUCUGCCGGUCACCUCAGCCAAUUCCAUAUAGUCCAUCACUUUCAUCUGCCAUUCUUCUCGGGUAGGCAAUUCUUGUGUCUUCCAGUAUUUCCCAAUGAGUAUUCUUGCUGCUGCUGUCGCAUACAUGAAAAAAGUUCUAUCUUCCCUUCGCACCAAUUGACCGACCAUGCCCAAGAGGAAGGCCUCUGGUUUCUUUAGAAAAGUAUAUUUCAAUACCUUUUUAAUUCAUUGUAUAUCAUUUCCCAGAAGGCCUUGAUCUUUGGGCACGUCCACCAAAGGUGAAAGAAAGUACCUUCAUUUUCUUUACAUUUCCAACAUUUAUUAUCGGGCAAAUGAUAGAUUUUUGCUAGCUUGACUGGGGUUAAGUACCACCUAUAAAUCAUUUUCAUUAUAUUUUCUCUUAAGGCAUUACAAGCCGUAAAUUUCAUACCUGUAGUCCAUAACCGUUCCCAGUCAGCAAACAUAAUGUUAUGUCCUAAAUCUUGUGCCCAUUUAAUCAUAACAGAUUUAACCAUUUCAUCCUGUGUAUUCCAUUUCAGCAGCAAAUUAUACAUUCUUGACAAAUUCUUAGUUUUAGGCUCUAACAAUUCAGUUUCCAAUUUAGAUUUUUCCUCCUGGAAACCAAUCUUUUUAUCUGAGUUAAAAGCCUCCCUUAUUUGAUAAUAAUGAAGCCAGUCUCGAACUUUGGUUUUUAGUUUGUCGAAACUCUGCAGCUUUAGUUUAUCUCCAACUUGUUCUAAAAUUUCACAGUAUUUUGGCCAGUUUGUCUCCAUAUUAGUUUUUUCUAAGCCUUAGCCUCCAUUGGUGACAGCCACCUUGGUGUUUUACUUUCCAACAAAUCCUUAUAUCUCACCCAAACAUUAAACAGUGCUUUCCUGACAAUAUGGUUCUUGAAGGCCUUAUGCGCUUUAACCUUGUCAUACCAUAAAUAUGCAUGCCAUCCAAACACAUUAUCAAAACCUUCUAAGUCCAAAAUGUCCGUGUUUUCAAGAAGCAGCCAAUCUUUCAGCCAGCAAAAUGCGGCUGAUUCAUAAUAAAGUUUAAGGUCUGGCAGGGCAAAUCCACCUCUUUCCUUUGCAUCUGUUAAUAUUUUAAAUUUUAUUCUAGGCUUCUUGCCCUGCCAGACAAAUUUAGAAAUAUCUCUCUGCCACCUCUUGAAACAGUCCAUUUUGUCCACAAUUUGCAAUGUUUGAAACAAAAACAACAUUCUAGGCAAUACAUUCAUCUUUAUCGCAGCAAUUCGGCCCAACAAUGAUAGCUUCAAUUUUGACCAUAUUUCCAAAUCCUUCUUUACUUCUAACCAACAUUUUUCAUAGUUAUCUUUAAACAAAUUCACAUUUUUAGCAGUCAUAUGAACCCCUAAAUAUUUCACUUUAUUAACUAAUGUUAAUCCUGUCUCCUUCUGAAACCUCUCUUUCUCAAUCUCUGUAAGGUUUUUUUCUCUAAUACCUUAGUUUUCAUCUUGUUCAAUUUAAAACCUGCUACUUGACCAAAUUCUUGAAUUAAUUGCAAUACUCUUUUUGUACUGGAUUCUGGCUCCUGUAGUGUCAAAACUAAAUCAUCAGCAAAAGCUUUCAAUUUGUACUGUUUAGCUCCGAGUUGUAUACCUUUAACCAAUUGGUCUUUCCUAAUCAUAUUGAGCAAAACCUCCAGGACCGAUAUAAAAAGCAAUGGGGAGAUUGGGCAACCCUGUCUUGUUCCUUUCUCUAUCUUAAAUUCUUCUGUAACUACGUUAUUUACAAUCAGCUUAGCUUUUUGUUCUGAAUAAAUUGCACCUAUACCGUUUUCAAAACUUUGACCUACCCCCAUCCCCUGCAGAUUUUUCUUCAUAAAAUUCCAAGAAAUAUUGUCAAAGGCUUUCUCCGCAUCCACAAAUAUUAAAACCGCUUUGGUAUUAAUAUUAACCUGCAAUUUUUCUAAAAUAUUAAUAAUAUUCCUCGUAUUAUCUGACAGAUGUCUCCCCGGGAGAAAGCCCGCUUGAUCUUUAUGGAUUUCUUUCACCAAUACCUUUUUUAAUCUUUUAGCCAUAAUUUCCGCAAAAAAAUUGUAAUCCACAUUAAGUAGGGAUAUGGGACGGUAGUUCUUCAACUGUGUCUUUUCCACUUCUGUUUUCGGUAUGAGUGUAAUGUAUGCUUCUUUCCACGACUCGGGUGCUUUUCCUCCCCUUAGUAUUUCAUUGCAAACUUCUUUCAAAGGUUGCAUUAACCAUUCUUUCAAAGAUUUAUAAUACUUUGCAGUUAGACCAUCUGGCCCUGGAGAUUUGCCCAAUUUCAUAUCCUGAAUAGCUCCUUCCACCUCUUGGUCAGAUAUUAUAGAGUUUAGUAUUGAUUUACUCUCUUGAGAUACUUUUUGUAAACCAUUAAUUUUCAAAAACUGAUCAAUGUCUAAUUCUUUCUGGGUCUCCUGCGUAUAUAACUGUUUAAAGUAGUUCUGGAAACACUUUCGAAUCUCUCCAGGAUUCUGUAUAUUCUUCCCUUCUACUACCAAGUUCGUAAUAGUAUUAAGCUUUUGUCUUUUUUUUCAUUUGCCAGGCCAAUAAUUUCCCACACUUAUUUGCCGAUUCAAAUGUCUUUUGUUUCAUCUGUUUGAUCUUCCAUUCUAUUUCCUUAUUCAUCAGUUUCAUAUAUUGUACUUGGUAUAACUUUAUCUCUUUUAAAAUCUCCUGUGAGUUCGGUUUCACCCUCAGUCUUUUUUCUCCAUCUUUAAUUUUCUCCAAAAUUUUUUCUCUCUUCUCAUUUUGGUGUCUUUUCCUAAUUGUGUUUUGUUGUAUCAGCAAUCUAUUGAUUUUGUACAAUGGUGUAACAUUUCAUAUGCCUUUUCCAUCCCACACAUUAUCAAUGGCAACAUGCUUUUUAGACUAUAGUCUGCUAAGAUCCCUGAGUCAGUCACUUUUACCCAUAUAAGAAGCAAAUGGUACUAGUACUAGAUUCUGCAGUUGUUGUGGACAGAGCUGAGCAUUGUGGUUGGAUGGGAUGCUAAGCAGUUACACUAUAGAGACAGUUCUGUAUUACAUAUGGGGAUUAUCUGGGAUUAAUUCCACCAAGUGACCACACUGUCAAGCUGAUUGGCUUUCUGUAUAGCAGCUUGUGGAAUUUAUCCCACUGCCAGGUUUGCUGCUGUGUAGGGUUUUGAAUAGAGAUAUGAUGUACUGGGGCCUCUAAACUAUAUCCAAGUAGGUUCCUGUUUCUGGACUGAGACAACAUUGCAAGGAGAGGUUACAUUGAAUCAACCUGUCCAGUCUCCAGUAUUCAGAACUGCUUUGCCAGUCUGGCAGGCAAAAGGGUUGAGCCUUCAUAAUUUGCAUUCCAGAUUCAGUGCAGAACUGUGAUUAGGAAAUAAAGGUAUAUUACUGUGUCCAGAACACUUCCCGUAUGUCCAGUUGGGAGCUCAGGAACCUGUCAUCUGACCAAGCCUUGAGUAUUCAUAUUGAGAGGACAGUAAAUGGCUCUUAUUAGUAGUGGCCUUGUUGUUAUGGAUUAGCUGUUGGAAUCAGUGGUGUAGCGUGGGUUGUCAGCACCCGGGGCAAGGCAAGUAAUUUGCGCCCCCUAACCUGUAGAUUUGCGCCCCCUAACCCUAACCCCCAGAUGUUGCGCCCAGUGCGGCCGGCCUCCCCUGCACCCCCCACGCUAUGCCACUGGUUGGAAUGCAAUACUUUUAAGUCAUUACGUUUUCUGAAUUUUGUUUUUAAACCCUCUAGUUAUUAUUAUGUAGGAAAUAUUUGUAAACCUCAUAAUGUGUACCGUACCUGAAAGGACUCUCAAAAGAUAUCAAAGUGCUCAAAAUGUAGUAUUACGGUUGUGUCGAUCUGAGUCCUGAAACAUGUUUGUUAACAUCAGAGAAUAUGAAAUUCUCUGAAUGAAUCCUCCUAAAUAAACCCCUUCUCAUCUUCUUCACAGUGUUCACAACUACACCCCCAAGGUUGGAGAGCUUGAUACAAGGAAAGCCAUCCGGCAAGCAUUUGAUGUUUGGCAGAGGGUGACUCCGCUCACCUUUGAAGAAGUUCCUUACCAUGAAAUUAAAAGUGACAGAAAAGAGGCAGAUAUUAUGAUAUUUUUUGCUUCUGGUUUCCAUGGUGACAGCUCUCCUUUUGAUGGGGAGGGUGGAUUCCUAGCCCAUGCUUAUUUUCCUGGACCAGGGAUAGGAGGCGAUACUCAUUUUGAUUCAGAUGAACCAUGGACACUGGGAAAUUCUAACCAUGAUGGUAAGAUGACGUGGGGUUUUUAUAACAGUAUUUUUGAUAUGAUAUUUCAUGAGGCAGUUGGCUUGCAGAAAGGAAGAGGUGUCAUCACAGGACUUCCUGUAAGAAUGUGGUCAAAAGUUUGGUGAUACUGAGGUGGACAAAAAUCCGUGCUCCCCCCCCACCCAAGAACAUGAGUUUGCCCUCCAAAAAAUAAUGCCAGUUUUGCUUAUAAAUCCAAAGCAAUAUGACCCGACAGAUGAAAUUUAAAUGGCACUCUGAUCUAGCUGCCUGAGAAACUAGAACAAUUCUCAGGGAAAAGGGAAAAGAGAGAAAAUUAAUUGAUGAAAUUAAGUUUACACAAAAAGAUUAAUUAUUGUAAGUACUAAGUAGAUAUUACAUCAAAUGUUUCAGAUGCAUUUGAGAUCCAAACUGCACUCAGAUCUGUAUAAUUGACAUUUGAACAGGAUGUACAUUUCUAACACCCUACAAAAGUCCAAACAGAAGAAUUCAUUCCUGGAUUUGGGGAACUGUGUCUACGCUAGUUGGACUUUAGGGAUGUGCAAUCUAUUCAAACAUCAUUCUUGUGCAUCAGUGUUCAGAAGACUCUUGGGAUAAAACAACCCAUUAGUUGGGGCAAAAAGGCCCAUUGAUAGUAGAAAAGACUGUUGUCCAAUCUGGGUUCAAAUAGAUUUCAAGUGAGUGAUUCUGUAGCCCAAGGUCUGAUGAUAGCAUCUUUUGCAGAGACGAUUCUGUGCAGUGAUGUUUUUCCAGUAAAGUCCGUGCUAUAAAUACAAUUAUUAUUUUUUAACAAGGCUUCACUGUGAAAUGUUCUCCUCUAAUUAUGGUGAUUAUGUGGGAAAUACAAAUAUUUUAAAUCCCAGUAUAUUCUUCAAGUAGGUAAUACCACAGUAUGAAGCCACCCACCCUCUGAGGCUGUUACCCAGAGGCUGGGGGAAAAUAAUUGGAUGUAGAGUGCUCAGCUGUGAUGAGGGUACUUGCAGAAAAUAGAUAUAGUACUUGAUUGUUUCAGGGAUUUUGUUAAAGCAAUGGUUCUCAGAAGUCUCUCUCUCUCUAUAUAUUUGUACCGAUUCUUCUGAUUUUGUAUUAUUGUUCCCCACCACAGUAUUUUUCUGGUUUCAUGUUGUGUGAUGAGGUUGCCUUACUCCACUGUAGAAAUUACAUAAAUAUAACAUAAACAUAGUAUCUCCUCCAUGAAUGUGGGGCUGUGGUUGCUGCUAAAAUUGGCUUCUGCGUGGUUGGGACUCCACAUGACUGUCAUUAUAUAUACAAUUGCUUAAGAAGCCACUUUGGGAGUCUUAGUGUCCUAUGCAGUGCUUGUAUGGGGACUUGCUAUACAUUUCAGUUGAUUCAUGUAGGAAGCCUGCUAUAAGUGGAAAGGCAGUGGUAUAGUUACUGCCCAAAAUUGCUUUCAGGGCUCCUUGUGAAUGCUGUAAUAUGGAUAUUAAGCAUUUGUUGUUUAUGUACUACUCACACUUCGUAUCAGAUCAUUGUGAAGUUGCCAUUUCUCACCUACCUAUAGUUAAUGAAACCACAUCCUAUUUUACCACCACAUUGAACCAUUAUCAUUUUUAAAAUAUUUUGUAUGCCCCAAUCCUAAGCAUCUUACUUUGGUUCCUCUCCCAGUAAGCAGGGAGCCCUUCAUGUUUAAUUAUUGUAAAUGAAAAUGUAUUUUUAAAGAUUAGAGAGAAGGCAGAACAAAUAUGGAACAACUGCACAGCAAAAUAAACUACAGAUUCAGAGUUCUUAAGAUGCAUUGGUUAACCCCUAUAUGCCAUCCUGGUUGAGACAGAGGUGGCACCCCCUCCCCCAAUGAUAAAGUAGACUUUCAAAAUCUGUAUCCCAGACAGGUGAACCCUUGUCCUCAAUUUCCUCAAAUAAUGUCCUUUCAAAACUGGCAGUGUAGUCCCUUUCUCCCUUGCUUUGAAAAUUAUACUGAUUACCAAUACAUACUUCUUUAGCCCCCACCACUUCCUCAGCUAUACAGGCAAACAUAUAGGGAAGGGCUGUAGCUCAGUGGUAAAACAGCUCCAGGUUCUGCUGGUACAGACUCCUGCUGGAAAUAUUGGAGAGCAGUCAGUGAUGCUGAACUAGAUGGAACAAUGGUCUCACGCGGUAUAAUGCAGAUUUUGAUGGUCCUGAACCUAGAUCCACAGCAGGCUGAAUCCUGGGCAUUGACAUUUGCAUUGAUUUUAUAUAAAUAUAUAUAUAUGCAGGCUGUUGUUGGUGUGGCAGGUAUAGGGAUUUAUUUGUUUAACCUGACUGCUGGUGACCCGAGAUGAAUUCUGGAUCACUUAGUACUUUUGAAAGGUGGUGAAAAGCAUGAAAAGUCCAGUGUGUAAUUAGGGGCUCCAGGUGCUCUGCAACAAAAUUGUUCUAUUACACAAACCAGUAAUUUAAUAGAUUAUUAGCUUCUCAUGAACAAUUAGGUACAGAGAAAUCCUGGGCCUCUGCAGCCUUCCUAUAACUCAAGAUGGCUUUGCUUCACCCAUAAUGCCCCAAGGACUGUUGAUUGGGGGUGGUAUCCUAACUAAGGCUGUGUGAACCAUUUACUCAGCACUCAUUAUGUUUCCGGUGCUAGGCUGUAAUUCCAUGUUCACAUGGCAUUAUCCAAAAUGCAUUCGUAUCCUGUGCUUUGCCAUGAAAUAUUACUGUCUGAUGUGUUUUUUCUCAAAUUAGCAUCUCUCCGACUGGAAUCCUUAAGCCAUUCCUAAUUUGUGUCUAGACAAGCUGUGAAACACCUUGGCAUACAAAUCUGAAACAAAUGAAACCAUGAAGCUGUGCUAGUGUGAACAGCUGGGGUGGUGUUGGGGGAGGGGGAGAGCCGUGAAAUGCAUAGCGGGGGUAUGGGGACGACGACACUCACUGCAGUCUGAGGCAGUAAUGUCAACACCCCCAAACUAUACUUGGAGAAGUCCAUUGAUGUUAGUGAGUCUAUUCUUAGUAUGAUUUAAUUGAGUACCACACCACAUGAUUUAGAUAAGGCUAUUCCACAUUUUGCUGUCAUACCCUAAAUUCAGAUAGCAACUGUCCUUUAUUCAAACAUUGUACUGCAAGAACUAAAAAGGACAGUCACUAGUAACAAAAUAAAUGCUUAUGCCGUGACGCUGGACUAAAUUAGGAGCUUUUCUUCAGACCUUACCGAACCCUUCAGAUGACACGUCAGUUUUUUUGCAGUUCCUAAACAAUUUUGAUUUCUCAGGUUGUUUUAAGAUCUGCUCUUAGAACUCUCCUCUGUGCCUUUCUGAAAAUCAGGCAGUUAUUACUACGGAAAAAAAUUGACUUAAGUGGAUGAAACCAUUUCAACAUUCUAUCCACUUUCUUUUAUCUACUUUGCUAUAUUAUCUGCUUUGCUAUCCUAUUAAAGGGGCUCAUCUAAUCUUUGCCAUCGUAUUAAAACUAUCUCCCUUCUGUCAUUCCUACUUGUUUAGACCCCGGUCACAUGUUUGUUUCAUUUCUCUUACUUUUCAACGUGCUGCUACACGGUUAGGACUUCCUUUCACUUAUUUUCAACUUACAGAACUGAAAUAAAUGAAGAGUGUCUCAUUAAUAAUAUUGUUGCCAUGCUGGCAAAGCUUAAUUCUCAGUUUAAUAACAAAGUAGGGCAGUUAUAGACAGAUUAGGAUCAGCCACAUUUUACUUUAAAUAAUCAUGGUUUUGUUGUCAUUACUCUCAACCACACAUGUGAUUUAUUUUAUGGCCUACUUGUUUAAUAACCUUGUCUUUAUUUAUCAGAUUACUCCUGUUUUGACCGCUAACCACCCGUCACUCUUUGAGGACAUCCAUUUUCAUGUUGAUAAGAAUCAGUCCUCCCGAUUUCCCAAAUGAAACUGUUGUACUGUUUGUAACUGUUUAUUUGAUUUUAUUUGCUCUGAUCCCAAGACUCCAAAUGGAUUUUUUAAAGGCACAGUUUUGUACAGAAAAAUAGAAUUCCAAAAUCCAUAGGCAUGCAACUUUUAAUACCCUUUGCCUCAGUCCUUUGCUUCAUGAGAUGUCCUUCAGCAACAAAGCCAUUUGAUGCAACAAAGGGCAUGUCUAGGAUGCAUUUUUGCCUCCCUUAUUUUGAUGCUGUUCUGACUCUCAUUAGCUUCUAGUCAUCACUUUCCCUAAACUCCAAAAGCCCAGUGCUACAUAUUUUACUUUUAAGAUGCUGAUCAGGGACUUCUUCACAAACAGUUAAUUGAAUCUGGGGCAUAUGUCUUUAGACUCCGGUUUUAUAUUCUCUCUCUCUCUCUCUCUCUCUCUCUCUCUCUCUCUCUCUCUCUCUGACUUCUCAAAAUAUAUUCUCUCAAUUUUGCAGAGUGAUUCAGUCAUUGUCUCUUUUGCUGGUUUAAUUACACAUUGUCAACAGUCUUUUGCAAUCUCUUAUCACAUUAUUUUUAGCGGACAACGAAGAAUCUGUUGGUGCCUUAAAAGAUGAAUGUGUCUGUUGUGCCAUAAAUAUGAACCAGGGACUUCCUGGUCAUACUCUUACCAAUUUCAAUGCACCAGCUACUGCAUCUGAUGUUCAUCUAAUUAGACCAGGUGCAUUGCAAGACUUAUUUUUAAAAGUAUUCCUGCUGAGCCUCUAUGGUGGUUGGAUAAACUGCUUUAUCUUCUUCUUUAGAAUUUUGUUAAGCUUGUUUGUUAAUGUUGUUAACACCCUGUGGAUGUUGACGCUGAUGCUUGUAACAUCUUGCCUCUGUAGGAAAUGACCUCUUUCUCGUUGCGGUGCAUGAACUGGGCCAUGCCCUAGGCCUUGAGCACUCCAAUGACCCCAGCGCCAUCAUGGCUCCUUUUUAUCAAUAUAUGGAAACGCACAACUUUAAGUUACCACAGGAUGACCUUCAAGGAAUCCAGAAGAUCUAUGGUAAGAUGGUGCCUGGUUUAUUAAUUGCCAUUGGCAGGAUGCCAAUUCCUCAUCGCCUCCCAUAAGCUCAGGCAACUUCAGGUACUGAAAUAUACGGAUGUAUAUAUUUAUCUGGGAUGUGUGGGCAUGUGGUGGCUGUGCCCAUGUUGUUGUUUUUUUAAUAAAGCUUAUAGCAAGGGAAAGUGCACUUAAAAUAACUCCCACUUAUUUUUCAUUACCAAUCAAUUGUUCACGUAAAUAAACCUCUUCUGGAAAAUGAUCAGGGUCUGGGUUUGACACACUGCAGUAAAAACAAAGAUGACUUCCAAAGCUGAACAGCAGUCACCUAAAACUGCCUCUUCCCAUGUCUUGCAUCUUGGUAACUGAUAAACAGGGCACUCUUAGAAUACUGUCAUCAGGGAACCUUGAGGCCUUUCCAGAUGUUCACUGUGAGCAUUGAACAGGUCACUGAGCAGGUGAGCAGGAUGCAUAUGAAGUGACUUUCCCUUGUAAUUGCAUGGGGAAAUUGCAUUUCCCCCCUACUGUAAUAUGCUGCUGACUGGUAAUAUUCCAUUUCCAUCCUGCGCAACUGUUGUGAGUAUAACCAACUAGUAGAAUAGUUGCUCAAGUCUGACAAAUAUUUCAGUGUUCAAUCUUCCUCUCUUACUCCCUCCCCCUUCCUCCAAACUGUCAGCAUUUUAAGAAGUAUUUCAGACUGCAAUAUCAAUACAAAAAGGAAUUCUUAGCCAGAUUUUAAAAUGAAAUCAUUUAUAUAGUACCAAUUCCAGCAACGCUGCCCUUUCUCCCACAGCAACACUCUGCCACUGUUUGAUCCUUUGCCUCCUUUUUCUGUUUUCAUUAAGUUCUAUGGACUCCCCCUUUCCAGUACUGGAACACACAUUUUUACUGACAACCACCCCCUUAAAAUAACAAUGAAGAGAAGAGCAGCAAAACACACACACACACACACACACACACACAAGCCAUGAAAAGAGCUCUCCCUUUCAGUGUUAUCCUACUUGCAGCAAGGCCACAUCCUUCCAAUGGGAUAUUGUGGUGCUGGUACCAUGUAACAGUGUUCCAAAAAACUAAAUUGUGAGGGUUUCUAAUACCUCAGUGAUUAUGACAUGAGAAGCAGCAUAAAAACGAGAACUCAAUCAAGAUGAAGAGUGUUCCACUGUCAGGAUGUCACCACCGAGAAGGUUUUUCCCCUGGUAGCCAGCUCUGCUGUCUUUUGGAUGUUGAAGAAUAAGGAAAACGAAGAAUAGAUUACAACCAACAUGUAGAGGCAGGCAGUCCUUCAGGUACCCUGGCCCCCCAAGAGCUUUAAAAACCCAAACUGGCACUUUGACAUAGGAGUUAGUGCAGUUGAACCACCAACAUAUGACCAUAAUGCCUAGUUUCAGUUAGCUGAAGAGUACAGGGGCUGGCUAGAUUGCCAAUGCAGUGUCUGAACAAUCUUCAGAGGCGGACCCAUGUAUGAGAUACUUCAGUGGCCUAAUGAGGUUACUAGAAUGCAGGAAAAUAAAUUGGUAAGAAUUUAAGUGAUUGUCAUGCAUGUGUCAUGCAUGUGUGAAUCAGCCCUCUUUAUCAUGCUGCCAAGUUGCUGGGGUGCAGAGUGGGGAGAGACUUAUGAUACACCCAGUGCAGUUGUGUGGUUAAAUGGUCACCUGUAUCCAACCAGAUACACUACUCCUUUUGCAAAGGGGCCAACACUUUUUUCUUUGGCUCCAGCCUGAGACAGCUUCAAUUUGCAGAAUCUGGAGCUGGCUCCUACUGUUCACCACCUGAAAAUAGCCACUUCCAUCUUAUACACCUCUCCUGACUCCAGCUAUAGGACAUUCCUUUACAAGGUUUGUGGCUAAGGAAUAGAAAGUAUAUGUAUAAACUAUGUGAAUUUGAUGUAUGCUUUUGCAGAGGGUUGCUUCUGAGGGCCUUAUUGCUAUGCAGUGAGAGCAGUUAGCUCUCAUUGGGGUUUAUAUAUCCUGAUAUUCUAUACAGCAGAUACAACAGCAAAUUUUGGAAACAGCAACCAAGACAAGGGGAACUUUAAAAACCUAGAUUACUUGGGGGGAACCUUUAGGUUAGACUCUUGGAUUAAGUUUUUGAGGUACUGGGAUGCAAAGGAGUAAAAUAGGGUGGCUUUUAAGUUAGAGUCUUAUCAUUUAUUAGAUUUCCUACCUAUCCUUCACCAUGAGGUCCCGGGUAGGAAAGAUAUCUAAUAUUAACUAUGAGGUCCUAGGCAAAUGGACGGGCCAGUUCCAAUGCAAAGGUCAGGUGCUGUUGCUAGAUGAUGUUACACAAAAGUAUGAGCAUGAUUGGGAUGAGAGAGCAGGAGACUCUUAAUCUCAGGGUCUUGGGUUGAAGCCCAACAUUGGAAAAAGAUUCCUGCAUUGCCGGGGUUGGACUAGAUGACCCUCGUGAUCCCUUCCAACUCUACAAUUCUAUAAUUCUGUGAUCUACAGCCAAUAAUUUUGACAGCAAGUUGAGGAUGGUGAUUAUGUCUGUGGUGGAAGGAAAGAUUUUGAGAAAAAAAUGGGAAGGAGUGUUCAAGCUUUGUGAUGGUCUUUCAAAUGAUGGGUACAAUAUUCAAGCUGCUCUCUCUUCCCUCUUUUUUUUAAUUUAGGCCCACCUGCUGAGCCACUAGAACCCACUAGACCUUUACCAACCCUUCCUGUUCGUAGAAUCCAUUCUACUUCAGAAAGAAAGCAUGACAGACAUUCGAGACCUCCCAGACCUCCUCUAGGAGACAGGCCUUCUACCCCAGGCAGUAAACCAAACAUUUGUGAUGGGAACUUCAAUACUGUGGCUCUCUUCAGAGGAGAAAUGUUUGUUUUUAAGGUAGUGAAAAUCAUCCUGUCAAAGCUGUUUUCAUUAAUCUUUAUAUAUUACAAAUGCAUGUAUAAUUAAUUAAAUGCCACAAAAAAUUCUUGGUAUUUUAAUCUCUGCAGUUGUUUUUAUUGGUAGAUGUCUUAGAAUGUUUGUUGUGAUAGCUGAAAUAAUGUGUUUCCUUCAGUAACACUUAAACUAAGUGAAACGUCUUAAAUCUAGGACAAAAAUAUACAUCAAUUUUUCACUUGCUUCCAAAUGAGCCCUGCAGAUGUAGUUCCUGUUUCCAGCAUUUGUCCUGAUCAAGGAAUCUUCUCUAGUAUUCCAGAAUUCUACCUUCUUAAUGAACAGUGUGUGUAGAUCAGACGUGUGUGAGACUCUUUGGAUUGUAUUCAAUUCAAUUUUACUCAGAGUAGACCCAUUGGUCUGCUCAGAGUAAAAGAUGAACACAGCCCUCUGUGAUUCACUCUGGUCUUGCUACUGAAUUUUAUUUUGAGGCUUUAAACAUGGAGAAUAUCAUAAAUAAUAAAGUACACUAUUUUUUUGUCUGGGGUAAUGAUUUGGUCGCAGGAAUAGCGAAAGAAGUUCUGAGCAGGGCAGGAAAUUACAGCUUUUGGACAUGGCAGUUAGUGGCACUAUUUGGCACUUUUUUGAGGUGGCAGUUAUUGCUUAGUAAGAUUGUUUUUUUUAUGAUUGGUGCCGAAUAUAAGAUAACAAAGCAGAGGAGGAGUCCAAUUCUGCCUGAGAGGAACACUGAGUGAUCUGAAAGUUAAAGGGAUGUCUGACGUUAGUAAACCUGAGAGUGCUGUGAUAUUUUAAAAUUAACUUCAUCACUUCAUGUUGGAAUCUGAUGCAGACAUUUAACAAGACUCUUCUUUUUCCUCCUUCUUUUUCCUUUAGGACCGCUGGUUUUGGCGUCUCCGUAACAACCGAGUGCAAGAAGGCUACCCCAUGCAGAUCGAACAGUUCUGGAAAGGGCUCCCUGCAAAAAUUGAUGCUGCCUAUGAAAGAUCUGAUGGAAAAUUUGUUUUCUUUAAAGGUAAACAUUUUGAGGUUGUAUCCUACACUGCGUGAGUGAACUCCCCCUUCCUGUUGUCCCCCAAACCUGUUCCAGAGGAAGGCAAAGUCCCAUUGACUGUUGCUGAUUAUAGAUAUCUUACCCACCCUCCUCUCCCGCUUUCUUGCCUAGGAGAUAAAUACUGGGUUUUCAAGGAGGUGACUGCAGAGCCAGGUUACCCCCACAACCUAGUGGAAUUGGGCAGCUGUCUUCCCCGGGAAGGGAUCGACACAGCUUUAAGGUGGGAGCCUGUGGGCAAAACCUAUUUCUUCAAAGGAGACCGAUACUGGAGGUAUAAUGAAGACAAGAGAGCAACAGAUCCCGGCUACCCCAAACCGAUCACUGUGUGGAAAGGAAUCCCACAAGCCCCGCAAGGAGCUUUUGUCAGUAAAGAAGGCUGUAAGUAUUAAGCUUAUUUAACAGCUUAGUAGUGUUUAAUAAUCCUCCAUGUGUUGACCUUUGCAUUCAGAUUGUAUUAAAGCCUGAACAUUUACAAGAUUGCAGACACAUGUAGUCAUGGACAUUUACUUGCCCAUAUAAUAUAUAUCCACCCACCCCAAAGUAAACUUGAGGCAGAUAUUUGUUUCAUAGCACAUGAUAUUCUUCCUAAACUGGGUGAUUGAUUGGUUUUCAUCUGAGUUUUUCUCUGAUUUUAAUAAUAAUUUUAAAAUAUCAGUUUUUCUUAUCCCCAUGAAUGCAAGUACAGAAGCAAAAGUUAUUUUCUUUGCAUAGGGUAAGAUAGAUUUCCCUCCCUGCUGUUAUUCAAUAAAUAUCAUACAAACCAUCUGUAUUUCCAACAUAACCACUCCUGCCAUAUACAGAAUAUUUUCUCUUCGCUGCACACAUCUAGAAUUUGUGAAUGGCACAGAAUGCAAUAAUAUCUGUUUUCUUUUCCAGUUUAUACCUACUUUUAUAAAGGUAAGGAAUACUGGAAGUUUGAUAACCAGAGGCUGACUGUGGAGCCGGGAUACCCCAGGUCAAUCCUCAAAGACUGGAUGGGCUGCAACCAAAAGGAGGUUGAACGGAGCAAAGACCGGCGGCUCUCUCACGAAGACGUGGAUAUUAUGGUGACUAUAAACGAUGUGCCUAGCACUGUCAAUGCAAUUGCAGUCGUGAUCCCCUGCAUUUUAUCUCUGUGUAUCCUUGUCCUGGUAUACACAAUCUUCCAGUUCAAGAACAAAGAGGUCCAGCAAAGCGUGACCUAUUACAGACGACCCGUACAAGAGUGGGUAUGA